AUGCGAAAUCCUACCUCUCCGAACCAAACUCCCUCACAACACAAUUCAACAAUAGCAAUUUCUCCCUUUGUAGGGAACAGAACACGAUCUAGACUACCAACACAUCGAAUACACCCAGCUACCAAUGCACAACGAGAAAAUCCCCUCUCAAAUCAAUUAAACCAGAGCUGGAAUAGGACAGUUUCAGGUCAGAGCCCCUAUCGAUCAUUGGCAAAUAGUCCUCUAGUGCAGAAAACAAAUCCGUCAAUAAUAACUGCAUCAUUGACCACACCGCAUCAAAAGAAUACAGGAACUAUACCUACAAAUCUAAAUGCAAAUCCAAAUUCCUCAUUGUUAGCAUCUCUUUCUAAAGGUAAUGUAUUUGGCUCUACUAUCUCAUCAUCACUACGGAAAGUUAGUAUUCAACCUAACUCUAAUAUACCAGAAACUAAUACCAAAGAUGAAAAUAUGUCUAACGAAAUAAAUAAGGCAACUACAACAACGUUAACUACUAAUACUACGAUAGUAUCCCCAGAAAUUGACCUUUCAGAGUUAACAUCGAUUGAAAGGCUUCGGUUGUGGAGACACGAUGCAUUGAUGCAACAUAUGUAUAGAACUGCCGAAUAUAUUGGAAAUAAGAUAUACACAAUUACAGAAGAUCCAAACGAUGCAUUUUGGCUUGCUCAAGUAUAUUAUAAUAAUAAUGAGUUUAUCAGAGCUAUCGAUCUAUUAACCAAAGAUAACUUAGAAUCAUUGAACAUUAUCUGUAGAUACCUCAUGGGUUUAUGUUUAUUUAAAUUACAAAGAUAUGAUGAUGCAUUAGACGUGGUCGAUGAACUGAAUCCCUUUUCUGAUUCUAAACAGGAUUCUGAUCCGACUAUUGCACCAGAUGGAGGGAUUAAGGUGGAAUCCUCACUAUGCUAUUUAAGAGGUUUGAUCUUUGCUGCACAGAAUAACUUAAAGAAGGCAAAAACUGCAUUUAAGGAAGCUGUGUUAGUAGAUGUGAAAAAUUAUGAGGCAUUUGAGAGUUUAAUUUCAAAGAAUUUAAUAUCACCAGAGGAAGAAUGGGAUCUUUUACUAUCGUUAGAUUUCUCAACUUUGGGAGAUAACGAAGAGAUGAUUAGAUAUUUAUACACUUUAAACGUCUCAAAGUAUAUCCACCAAGAUGUGUCCAAAACUGCGAAGCAGUCAUUAUCUGAUGAGUAUGGUUUGUCAAACAAUAUUGAUAUACUUCGAUAUCAGAUUGAAACUUUAUACUCGCAGUGUAAAUUCAGUGAAUGUCUAGAAGCAUGUGAGAAAGCAUUAGAUGGUGAUGAAUAUAAUCCUACUAUUCUACCGACAUAUAUAUCUUGCCUAUAUGAACAGAAUGGUAAAAAUAAACUUUUUUUACUUUCUCAUAAUUUGGCAGAGAAGUUCCCAAAGUCGGCAAUCACUUGGUUCAGUGUAGCUACAUACUAUAUGGCCAUUGAAGAUGUUCCAAAGGCCAGAAAAUAUUUCUCUAAGGCAUCUAUACUUGAUCCGUCAUUUUCUGCUGCUUGGUUAGGAUUCGCCCACACUUAUGGUUUAGAAGGAGAACAUGACCAAGCACUUUCUGCGUAUGCCACAGCAGCAAGAUUUUUCCCGGGAAUACAUGUUCCAAAUUUAUUCUUGGGUAUGGAAUACAUGGCAACUAAUACCCUGUCUUUAGCAGAAGAAUAUUUUACCUUAGCAUAUGAUACGUGUCGCUAUGAUCCAUUAUUGUUAAAUGAAAUGGGGGUCAUGUAUUUCAAGAAAAAUGAACUUGAGAAAUCAAAAAGAUAUUUAAAGAAAGCAUUAGAAGCUGUAAGAAAUUCAAGUGGUACAUCAACAAUAGUAAUAUCCAUUCAAAUGAAUUUAGCCCAUACAUAUAGAAAGCUCGGUGAAUAUGAAAGAGCUAUUAAAUGUUUCAAGUUAGUUCUUGAAGAGGCUGGUAAAGAUGCAGAAGUUUAUUGUGCCCUAGGAUUUUUAUAUCUGAAAACUAAGCGAUUAGGAAAAGCUAUUGAUUAUCUUCAUGAAUCAUUGGCUUUGAAACCGUCAAACACAUCUGCCCAAGAAUUAUUGUUACAUGCAUUGGAAUUGAAUGCCUCCAUUGUUCUGGAUGAAAACCAUCCGUUGGUAAUGAAUGCAGAGCUAUACAGCAAUAACGAAGACAAGUUGAUACAGAAAAAGCGAGGUAAUAUUUCCUCUACUGAGGCCGCUAGUAUGUCAAAGAAGAUGAAAAUGAAUGGAGACAUGCGUAGGCUCAGUCCUGAUGAAGAUGGGGAUGAAGAAAUGGAUAUUGAAUAA